CUCUGAGUAAGAGUGAGUUGGAAAGGAGCCCACAUUCCGCAAUUCCGACGGCGCAUGGUCCCUCGACAGUAAUCGUCCUUGCCGAAUCUGUUCAACAAUUUGGUGGCCUCGGAAGGUUAAGGCGAUGAUAUGGUGAAGACCAACUGGAUUGGGUGGCUGUAGUGCUCACUUUUUUGUGUAAAAUAAGUUAUCUUUAUUUUUCCAGACUAAAUUAAUAGAGGAUCGCCAUCGCCUAUCUAAUAGAUCUUACUGUUAAUGACAGAAACGACAUGCUUGCGCAAAAGGAGAUGAUACUCGCAG